ACCAACGGAGAGAUUGAACAACUACCUUAACGACCAAGCAAUGACGAGUUUUCACAACCAGCCUCAGAUGACAAGAAGACGGCUUUCUAACGACGAGGAGAAUUCAGUUAUCGUUACUGCGUUAAAGAACGUCCUCAACGGAGAGUCAGACGCUCAGACAGACACAGACUCUUAUGGAUUAUGGUCUUUUUCUGCGGCGUUACCAAGUAACGCCGCAGAAACUUUACUGGUGCCACAAACUAGGACAACGUGCCCAGUUUGUGGGCUAAAUGAUUGUUUGGGUUGUAACUUUUUCAUGGAAGAAACGAAACAAAACGAAGGGGUCGAAUUAGGAGGAGUUGGCGGCCCGAUUAAGAGAAAAAAGAAGAAUUAUAGAGGAGUAAGACAACGACCAUGGGGAAAAUGGGCGGCUGAGAUUCGAGACCCACGAAAAGCAGCUCGAGUAUGGCUAGGCACAUUUGAGACCGCAGAGGCAGCUGCUCGAGCUUAUGACCGAGCUGCAAUAGAAUUCAGGGGAGCUAGAGCCAAACUCAACUUUCCAUCUACUGAUUACGUUAACACGCCUUCAUCGGUACCCGAAAACCAUCAACGAGUUUCGCCUUCAUCAAGAAGAAAAGGGAAGAAAAUUGUUGUUGAAAAUGAAAAUAUGAAAGGCGUUCAAGAUGACGACGACAAUGAAGAUUGGAUGACAAUGAUAACAGAUUUUGAUAUUUGAUUGAUCAAUGGUCAUAAACAAGGCCACGUGAACAAAAGUAAUAAGCCAAUGCCAAAAUAUAGAGAUAUUUUAUUUGAAAGCUUGCAACUAUUUUAUGCGAGUUUUUUUAACCCAUCAUUCAUGUAGGUAUUUUUGUAAC